AAUGCGGAUCUAAACCCAAAACCCACUCCCAAAAAAACAAAAACUCUAACCCAAACCUAGAACCUAACCCCGAGUAACCAAAGCGAGACUCAAGACUUAAAACUUGUAAACUAGAAGUAAAAGCGUACCAAAGAGUAAACCUCGAACCAACACUAUUUGUUUUUUCAAUUUUUGGGAUAUGGGAUGAGGCACCAUCUCCAGGUUUCCUCCUAGGUUUGAUUAUAUGAGUUAUUUGCCUUGUUCUUGUCUUUGUUCAUUGUUUCUAUUAUUGCAACUAAACGAUCAUUUUACAUAUAUAGGUACGCGUCAACCUGCAAGACCUUGGAACAUCAUUCUUGAGGGAAGGGGUAUGGGUUACAGCUGAUAUCAAAAUCCUUGCUAAUGAGGCCGCCUAGUGUACUGGAUGUGAUUAUUGCAAUCGGAAAACCACAACACCAGAAGGAGUUACUUUCACAUGUUUGGACUGUGGAAAUUUGUCAGCCAGGAGUGAGAAAAAGUACAAAAUCCAAGUCCAAUUGAGCGAUGAGACUCGUGAAAUAGAGGUGACAAUGUUCAACUAUGAUUUCAAGAGGUUGUUAUCCAUUUCCAACAUUGUUCACCACUCAGGAGGAAUAAACAUUAGCCAAAUUCAAAGAAAGAUAAACCGUAUCACAUUUGCUUGUGAACUGAGGGUUGAUAACAAAAAAUUUGAAGGACCAAAGAGGAGGAGUUGCACAGUGAAUGGGUUGUGUGAAGAUAUCGUAUUGCCGGAGGGCAUUAUGAAUGCUGGAAAGGAAAGGGAAAUAAGUGGUGAAGGACCAAGCCGGAAACGGCUGACAUUUGAUGAGAAUGAUGCAGACCAUGUAGACAUCGUGCAUACUCUGCCAGAAGAAGAAACAGGCUCUGAGAAUUCAGCCAAUUGAGGAUGUUAUAUAAUUAUCAUUUAUUAUAGAAUAUAACUUACUUAUGGUAAGAAAAAUGCAUGUUUAAUUGGCCUUUAUUAUAAAUGUAAUGGAUAAUA